CUCCCUUCUUCCACCACACUAACCCCUCCCUUCUCAGAAAAACCCCCCCAAAAAAAGCAAAAAAAAAAACAAAAAUGUGCCAAUACGAAAACAUCCACUACGGCUGCGGCCACGCAAACCGCCGUCUAAUCAAACACUGCCAUUUCGCCCGCAACGACCCAAACCAUCAAUGUUUCGGCGCUUGGUCUGUCAAGAGGGAAUGGUCGAAUCCUACAGAAUAUUGUCGUAAUUGCGCUUAUUAUGCUAGACAGAGGGGGUUUGGUCAUGGGCGUUGAUUUUAGAAUGGGGGGAGAGAGGUUUGGGUAUCUCUCUUUUUGUUUUUGUUGGAGAGAAGAGGCAUGUCCCCGCGGACAGGUUCUGUGGGUUUUUUUGUUUGGGGGGGGGGGGGGGGGGG